AUGGAGGAGACAUAUGAAGCGUACCGUAGGAAGGAGCGAGCUUCACUUGUAGCCAUUGUCGUUCUUGCUUGUCUUGCUUUAACUUCCUUGUUCGUCGCCUUUAGUUACUACUGCUAUAUCCGUAAGAAAGUUUCCAAGCGUCACAGAAUCAACAAGAAGUUUGAGUGCGAGGAGAAAGGUGAUUGUCGAGAACAAGAAGAAGCUACUGACAAGGGGAUGCAUGUUUUCACUUUCAAGCAACUACAUUCCGCGACUGGUGGGUUUAGCAAGUCGAAUGUUGUUGGUCAUGGUGGGUUUGGGUUGGUUUAUCGUGGUGUGCUUAACAACGGGAGAAAAGUCGCUAUCAAGUUUAUGGAUAAUGCAGGAAAGCAAGGUGAAGAUGAAUUCAAAAUGGAGGUUGAGUUACUGAGCCGUCUGCGUUCACCCUACUUAUUGGCUCUUAUUGGUUAUUGCUCAGACAAUAGCCACAAACUGCUUGUGUAUGAGUUCAUGGCAAAUGGCGGUCUGCAGGAACACCUCUAUCCUAAUAACAGGUCUUCUGGUUCUGUCCCGUUGAGAUUAGAUUGGGAAACUCGGAUGAGGAUAGCUCUGGAAGCUGCAAAAGGCUUGGAGUAUCUCCAUGAACAAGUAUCACCUCCAGUGAUUCACCGAGACUUCAAGAGCAGCAAUGUUCUGCUUGAUAGAAACUUCCACGCCAAGGUCUCGGACUUCGGAUUGGCUAAAGUUGGAUCAGAUAAAGCUGGUGGACACGUUUCAACCCGUGUACUAGGCACACAAGGUUAUGUUGCUCCUGAAUAUGCUUUAACUGGCCACUUGACUACAAAAUCAGAUGUAUAUAGCUAUGGCAUUGUCUUGUUAGAGUUACUAACAGGGAGGGUUCCAGUUGAUAUGAAUAGAGUUGCUGGAGAAGGAGUUCUUGUCUCUUGGGCUUUGCCUCAUUUGGAUGAUAGAGACAAAGUAGUGGAGAUAAUGGAUCCAACACUGGAAGGACAGUAUUCGACGAAAGAGGUUGUUCAAGUUGCAGCAAUAGCAGCGAUGUGUGUUCAAGAAGAAGCUGAUUACAGACCUUUGAUGGCAGAUGUGGUGCAGUCACUGGUUCCAUUAGUGAGAAGACGUAGGUCAGGUUCAAAGCUUAGUGGCUGCUCUAGUAGCUUUAGCUUGGCUCGCUCUCCUAACUCACCCAGUAAAGCAAGCGUUGGUUCUCAAUAA